AUGAAGUUCGCUAUCUCCGCCAUCGCCUGCCUGGUCUCCGUGGCCCUCGCAGCCCCAACACCGGCACCCGCUGACACUGGUAUUACUAUCGACGUUGCCUAUGAUAACACCUACGACAACAAAGACCAAUCUACUAGCACUCUGGCUUGCUCCGACGGCGAGAAUGGACUCAUUAAGAAAGGCUACAACACUCUCGGCGCUCUUCCCAAGUUCCCUAACGUUGGAGGUGCACCCACUAUUCCCGGUUGGAACAGUCCCAACUGCGGUGCGUGUUACGGCAUCACCUAUAACGGAGAAACAGUAUACAUUAUAGGAGUCGAUGUGGCCGUUGAUCGAUUUGUGCUUAGCCAGGGAGCUCUUGAUGCAUUGACAGGGGGACAGGCUGUCAGCUUGGGUCACGUCACUGCUACUUACGCGCCAGCUCCAGCACAAAGCUGUGGCUUCCCGUGA